GUUGAGUUUUGUGUUUGACAUGCUUGAAGAACCAAGAAUCAUAAACCAUGAAAUUGAUGUUAAACAUUAACGAGAAGCGAUCAAAAUGGUGAACAAUAUGGAUCACGGUUUGCCCAAGUUUUCUCUUCUAGGUUAUGAUGAUUGGAAGAUCAUGAUGGAAGCACACCUUUACGCUCUACAUGAUUGCAUGUGGAUGGUGCUUGAGGAUGGACCCUUGAAAAUCCAAAUGGAGAAUCUUGAGAGGAAUCCAGCAACUCCAGACGUAGUCCAGUACAUUCCAAAGCCCAAGGAAAAAUGGGAUGAUAGAGAUUGCAAAAAGCACAAUCUGGAUAACGUCGCCAAAGCAGCCAUCUUCAAGACACUUGACCCCAUCACCUUCUCCAAAAUUAAGCACCUCAAGACUGCCAUGGAGGUAUGGCAAGGUCUUGGGAAGCUAUGUGAGGGUUUAGAGGACUUGAGAAAGCAGAAGAUAGAAGUCCUGCUUGAGAAGUUCAAAAGCUUCAAAAUGCUUCCCGGAGAAUCAUUUGAUAUGCUGGAUGAAAGAUUCCACAAAAUCUUGAAUGAUCUUGCAUCACUUAACCACGUUCUUUCUCCCAAAGAAAAGAAUGUAAGGUUGCUGAGAUCUCUUCCAACUGAGUGGAAGCCCGGCCACUGGAAGUCAGCGUGCCCGUACCCAAAAGUGGAGAAGUACAGAGAAAGAGAAAGGAACGAGAAGAAAAAGAAGGCAAUGGUUGCUGCUGAAAGUGACGAGUCAUCCAGCUCAAGCUCGGAUGAAGAAGCUCUCGUCUGCAUAGAGCGCAGAGCUGAAAAGUCCAACCAUGAGGAUAGGUGGACCAUGUCAGAAGAUGACACUCUCUGCCUAAUGGCCAAAGAUGAUGUUGAUCAAGAGGUAACCUCACAAACCUCCUGCUCAUCUUCUUAUGAAAGCAUACCAACUUCUGAAAAUGUUUUUGACCAGUUCAAAAAGAUGAUGAAAGACUUUGAGGAGAUAAAUCUCAAACAUUCUUCCUUAACAGAGGAGAACAAACUAUUGAGUGAAGAGAAUCUCAAGUUCACUGAAGGUCGGAAAAGUCAACUGAAUGAGAUCACUCAACUCAAGACUGAAAAUGAAUCUCUCUCUGAAAAGGUGAAAUCCCUUAACAAAGAACUAGGGACUCUUAAGUCAAAAGAGGCAGUGGAUAAGCUUCUUGAAACGACCAAACAUAAGGGUCGUGAAGGACUUGGGUUUGACUCCUCUAGCUAUAAAAGGAAAGGGAAAAAAACUUUCAUCCCUCCUAAACCUACUGCUAAACCAAAUAAGCAGAAAGGGAAGGAAAAGGAAAAACCAAUAGAAGUUUCCAAAAAGGUAGUCCCUCCUAAGAACUAUAGGAAGCUGGACAAACCUCAAAAAGGAAAUAAUUUCAGAAGAAAACCUUUUAACCCCCAUUAUACACGAGGCUAUACCCAUUAUGGGGUAGACAGGAGUUUUCCAAGAAAUUCUGAGUGGAGAACUAUGCCAAGAUAUAGUCACCCUCCACCCCAGAAGCUAUUUGUGCCACCUAAGUAUGCUUAUAACCGACACAGGACACACUAUGCACUACCUAGACAAAAUCAUAGGUCUUAUCAACCUGGGUUUGCUAGGAGGAAACAGGAAAUAACACCUCGUGCACGUAGGAAGUUUUAUGCCUACAACCAUGAUUACAAUCCCAACAAGUUUAGAGCUGCAAGGAAGAUUCCCUGCAACUUCAAACUUGAUGUAGGGACACACACCAUUAACUACUCCGGACCCAAACUUAAUUGGAUGGCAGAAGAGGAGGUCUCUCAAACUCCAAUAGCCAUUUUUGAAGAACCAAAUGAAGCUGAAGAUAGUGACUCACUCUCAAGAUACAUAUCAAAUUUUGCACUUGAUGAAGCAGAAGGAGAAUCUGAGAGGACACUAAAGAUCACUGAUGAAGAAGAUGUGCAAGAAGAUGCUGAAUCUCUUCCUUUGCAACUCUUUCAAAGGACAUCAUCUCCUCAUCAGGUAACCAAUUUUCCCUUCCAUAGCUCUUCCACUCAUACUCUUCCGGAUGAGAUACCGGAAACCUGGACAAGGAAGGUCCAAGGGCUGAUUGAGUCAGCCCUAGCAUCUCAACAUGCCUCCUUUAGGCAAGAGAUAGAGCUAAUGGAAGCCAAACACACUGAGCUGAUAGAGAAAUCUGAAAAGAAACACAGCGCUGAUCUCAAAGAGAUUAGUAAAUCAGUAGAAAAGACUCUAGAGAUCAUCUCUCUAUUGAGUAAAACUGUGAGCAAUACGAUGGAAAUAUACACCUCUAACAGUCAACUGCAAUUCAAUGAAUUCAACAAAGUCAAGGAGCAAAUAGCAAAUGUCACAAUUGGUCUGCAAAAACAGAUGUCCCUUCUCCAAAUGGACAUCAGAUCAGCCCUAGCUAUAGCUUCAGCAAAUCAAGUAGUAACCAAAGACUACUUGAAGGUGAUCAUUGACAAUCAAAAGGAAGCUUACAAGCUGUUCAGACUUAUUGGUGCACAUUCUGGGAACCGCAAGAUGGAAGUAAUUCUCCAACAACACAGUCCAUCUCCAAUACCACAGCUCCCUAUUGCAGUCAACGAAGGAGAAGCAUCUUAUGUCCCUUCUCAUCUGCACAUGACUAAUCUGAUCCUUGAAGCACAGCAAAGAAAUUCGGAAAACUCAGCACAGCACCUAUCCAGCUCAGGACUGGAUGGAACAGAAUUUAUAGGUGCAGUUGCUGACCACUUCUCAGAUGCUGCUCAAACAGAGGAAAGGCGUGAAAACUUAAGGCGCAUCAAAGAACUGUGUGGGAACAUGCACGGCAUCAGUGAAGUUGCCGGAUCUUCAAAACGCAAAAGGAACUGAAGGUUCUUUUCAUCAAACCAGGGGGAAAGUAUGUGAAAACAUUUGUUUUGAUGAAAACACCUUCUUGUUUAAACAUUGCCUGAUUGGUUUAAACAUUGCUUAAGUAUGCCUUAAUUGUGCUUAUUAUGCUUGAUUAUGCUGAUCUCAAGUAUGAUUUUGUCUUAAUUAUUUUUCUGAAGCGCAUACAUUCAGGGGGAAUGUAAUUCAGGAGGAACUUACCUAAUUUUGGCUAACAAUUAUUUUUUUGGCAAUAAAUUAUUGAUAAGCUC